GCCCCGCCUCGACUGCGCCGAUGGCCCGCGACUGAGCUCAAACAUUUAACGCGAUAACGAACUGAAGGAGAUAGGCAGGACGCAACAGCAUGAGAGGAACAGAAGUUUAUAUACAACCCAUGGAACCGAUCAUUUGCAGACACUCGACAGUCUUGUUUCCAGCUGCUUGGCAACCUCCGGACGAACUCGCUUGUCAUUCACUGUCGCAGAUUUGACCGUUUCAGUUGUGCCUUCCCAGCAAUAACAGUGGUCAACGUCCGAGGAUACCUCCACCGGGACACGCGGCUGGCACUUUCCAAACAAGCCUCCAAGAUGAUGUUAUCGGCGAGUACGACGUCUCCCAUCGUAUGUAGUUGGUGCCUUUGGACCUUACUGUCACUUUGUUACGGGCUGGAGUUCCGCUAUCAUAAUUCAGCCGAGGUAGAGAAGUACCUGAGAGAAGUGAGCAGAAACUACCCGGCUUUCACAUACCGCUACAGCAUCGGCAGAUCCGUGGAAGGAAGACAUCUCUGGGUCCUUGUCCUGGGGAAGUUUCCGAAAGAGCACAAGGUUGGGAUUCCGGAGUUCAAAUAUGUCGGCAACAUGCAUGGAAACGAGGUGGUGGGGCGUGUCCUGUUGCUCCAGCUGAUCGACUACCUGACAAAGGGUUACCGUAGCAACCCCGUGGUGACGCGCCUCCUGGACAGCACGCGGGUGCACAUCCUGCCCUCCAUGAACCCGGACGGCUUCGAGUCCUCCUCCCGCGAAUGCAUGAACGGCUACGGCAGGUACAACAGCAAUGGCGUGGACCUCAACCGGAACUUUCCGGACUUCUUUACGCGGGAGGGGGAGGAGGAGGAGGAGGAUCGCGAGUUUGAGGUGCUGGCCAUCAUGGAGUGGAUGAAGCAGGAGAGGUUCGUGCUGUCGGCCAACCUGCACGGAGGGGCCGUCGUGGCCAGCUAUCCGUACGACAACAGCAAUGGAGGAAACGAACUACAGGAGGGUGCCAGCGUCUCCCCCGACAACGACGUCUUCAUCCACCUGGCAACGACGUACUCCUACAGCCACGCACAGAUGCACCAAGGCAACGCCUGCUCCGACUCCAGCUUCCCCCAUGGCAUCACCAACGGGUACCAAUGGUACAAACUGCCAGGCGGGAUGCAGGACUACAACUACGUGAGGCAGCAGUGUCUGGAGAUCACGCUGGAGCUGUCCUGCUGCAAGUUCCCGCCCGAGCGCGAGCUGCCCGGCUACUGGGACGCCAACCGCGCCGCGCUCAUGUCCUACAUGCAGCAGGUGCACCUGGGUGUGAAAGGUCAGGUGUUUGACGGAAACGGGAACCCUGUGCGGGACGCCGUGGUGGAGGUGCAGGGCCGGAAGAACCUGUGUCCGUUCCGCAGCGGCGCCGACGGGGAGUACUACCGCCUGCUGCUCCCAGGGAACUACACCUUCAAGGUGACCUUUCCUGAACACGAGACGCUGAUCGAGACCCUGUAUGUCCCCUACGGGCCAGAAAAGUACUCGGCCUUGAAGCACGACUUCUGGCUCCAGCGCAGCAUCAACUCCAGCGCAAGCACCCCCGCAAGCACCCCCGCCUCGCCCACCAAGCCCACCAAGCCCUGCUCCGACCGGGGACUGCAACCACAGGACAGUCACAGCCCCGCCCUGCUGGUCACGUCUGGCAUGACACUCCUCCUGCCUCUCCUACUCCUUUCACUGCUGAUGUGAGAUCAGAAGAGGCAAAAGACUUCAGACUUUUCAGAGUUUUUCUUUUACUCACCAUUUGACCUUGCAAAGCCAAGUGGCCCAUUUAAAGUUGUUAUUUGUUUAUGAUUAUUGAGUAGAUUACACAUACACUUACGUAGGGCUUACCUCAGCUUUGAUGCAAAACUAAGUUGGUGUGAGCCCAGGAAUCAGAGGAUUUCUAAGUGCCUCAAAAGAAGAAGAAAAAAAGGAAGGAAAAAAAAAACUUUCAUCUGCGAAUGAGAGAGCAAACAGUGGCUUUUCGGUUGGAUUUACGGUUGAUAUGAACACGUCAACAGGCUUUCUGCGCUGUGAAGAAAUCCGAGGCAUUUCUUAUCGUGUGCGUCGAGAUAAGAAGUUGUCGCCUAAACAUAAACACGACACUUGACUCUGGGAUACGCAUCAGUGUUAAGCCAGCGAGACGACGAAAAACCCAAACAACUACAGAAACUCAGGAGGGAGAGCAGAGACUCUUCUCUCGCCUAUCAGCUGGAUUCCAAAGUCGCUCCAGUCUUUUAUCACUCGCAACCAAGCCACAAUUAUGGUGGAGGUAUUUGAAAGGAAUGUGCUCUGAUUCUUAACCACACCGUUGAGAAAACAUUACAUUCCAAAUAAAUAUGGGCUCCCUUAGAACAUGUUUAGUAAAGUGAAUUGUCACCAAAACACACAUGUAUGUACACAGACACACACAUGCACGCACACACACACACACACACACACACACCAAGGAACACACACAGGCACACACAUAAAGAUAUUGAUAAAAACAUAAGUGUCACACUGAUGCUGUAUAUGAGUCGAUCCACUAGAGGGAGCUCCUGAGACUUUUGGGAAAAGAUGUGAAUUUAAUCAGCUCAUAUUCUGUCUAAAUCUUAGACCCUCAAUGCAAACUAGAGUGUCCAUUUGACAAGAAUCAAAUCUGAAGAUUGUUGAAGUAUUAAACAAAUUUUAUAUGGCAAUAUCUAUAGUUCUAAGUUUCAGUCUGAAAGAAUAACACAAUAUCAAAAAGCUUUUGUUUUUAUACAGUGUGCCAGAAUGCCUUUUAUCAUGGCAGUAUGUUAUGUGCAAGCUUAGAGUUGUCAGAUGACACCACCUGAAGACACCCUGCCUAUGUGCUUUAUAUGUAGGCCCGUCUGUAUAAAUCUUAAGUGUUGCCAGGUAUGCUCGUAUUUAGCCUGUUAAGACAUGAAUACAGUAGGUGGAUGGAACUUCCCUCAGUACAGACAGAGGAUUCCACGGUUUUGCUCAUUUCAUAGUUUCUUAACUGAAUAUUGCUGAAUGAUGAGUUUAUAUGACCAGGAACAUCCCAGAAGUACAGAGGUGGAUAUCAUUUUCUCCUUACCUAGCUAUUUCUGUUACAUCUUUAACAUGGGAGUGUUGGCAUGAAAUCCAGGUGGUGAUGCAACUGCUCCCUGUUCAUUAUAGCUCUCAAGCCGCCUUGCCCUUCCCUUGAAGGACUAGAAGAAUCUGUAGGUGUGUAAAACCUGAGUGUCCAGUUUUAUGAACAUCCCAGAGAAUUUAGAAUCGAAUGAAAUCUUGCUAUGGACAAUCCUGGGGGCAUGCUUGUACUGUACACAUGGGCCAAAAACAAGUGCAGGUUAUCAAACACUCUGUUCUACCUCAUCCCAUAGCUUGUGAAUUACAGCUAUGUUUGCAGUUGUGCCUCUGACAAUAAAAUCUGAC